AUGACCUUAACCCUUGAGGUUAUCAGGAAGGUGCAGCUCCAGCCACAAGACAUGUCCUGCUACAACCCGUGCCUGCCCUGCCAGCCCUGCGGCCCAACCCCGCUGGCCAACAGCUGCAAUGAGCCCUGUGUCCAGCAGUGCCAGGACUCCAGAGUUGUCAUUGAGCCCCCAGCUGUGGUGGUGACCCUGCCCGGCCCCAUCCUCACUUCCUUCCCGCAGAACACCGCUGUGGGCUCCUCCACCUCCGCUGCUGUUGGCAGCAUCCUCAGCUCUCAGGGAGUGCCCAUCAACUCCGGGGGCUUUGGUCUCUCUGGCUUGGGCAGCGGCAUCUGCGGCACGAGGAGGUGUUUCCCCUGCUAA